AUGACAACACCGAUUCAACCGGGUGUUACAAACCCAGUAGCAGAAACAGAUUCACAUCUGAGAGUUGUGCUGGUCUCCAAUGAGACUCUUUCCAGCUUAGGGACUUCGGGGCUCACAUAUCUCACGCUUCCGCCAUCUCUCACUCAAGUCCCCCAUGCUUUCUCAAAACUGAGAGAUAUCAUAAAAUUCGCCAGCCUAAAAAUAGAUGUAGAUCUCAGCCACUGCAAACGCUCUCGCCAGGCUCUCUCAGUGACAACGACUAUGUCGAACUUGCUACAGUGGUGUGACCGCCUUAUUGAACUCAACACGCGGGGUGAAGAGCAGGCAGUUUCUUGGUAUCAAGCACUAUUUGGGGGAACUUGCAGAUUGGGGACAUCUGGUCCAGAACUGGAUGCCCUUGGCGCCUAUCAUAAAGCACUUGCGGUGGCACAAUACACGAUGCUCAAGGAGCUCUUAGAAGUACGCCAAGACAAAAAUGUAUGGGAUGACAAGGUGAAAGACCUUGCUGCUGGAAUGGUGGAACAAUUAAAUAUUGAGAGGACAAUUGUGAGAUACUCAACUGCUGUGACGGCUAAAAUCGACCUAUCAGAAGAAAUGAAUCAAGCCCGGCUUGGGCAUGAUGAGGCGGUCAAGAAGGUCAACCAGAGCUGGGGAUCCGACAAGUGGACAAGCUACUCCUUGUCCAUGCUUCUGGAAAACCUUGGGUACCCUGGCUGUGUCAAUGAGAACCAGCUCCUAGUCAUUCCACGACUAGACAAAGAGGAAGCUGCACUUGACGAGGUCAACCUAACAAAAGGCGCAGAAGACAACAUUCCUGCACAAGAGCCUGCACAGCUGUCAGCAGGUGACGAGUCAAGCCUCAUCUCAUUGGGGGACGGAGGUUCUCAACCAGCCCCAGCAGAGCCCAAAGCACACACUAGUACAGGGAGUACCGCUAGUUAUGCUGAAGUGGUGGCAAAAGGGUCUGGUUCAAAUGUAGAGCCACCAGCGGCAAGUUCAAGCUCCCAAUCAGAGUUCACAUCUCAGAAUGCAAGCAAUGCACAUUUGAAUACACCAAACGACAGCGACUUCACCAAGGUAACACGGGUAAGAAGGGGAGGGUGGCAAGGGAGGGGCGGGCCGGGAGGCUCUGCUGGGUCGACAGGACAAUGA